GUAAUUUCCAGUAAGAGGCUCAGUCGUAGCGCCAAUAAUGAAACAGCUUGAGAGAGAAAAAGAGCUAGUGUAAUCGAAUUAACCGUAAUCGAAUAUUCUCUAUUUUCAUCCGAAUUCUCAUGUGAGUUGCACAGAAAUCGUUCACGAUGACGAAAGGUACAUCAAGUUUUGGUAAAAGGAGAAAUAAGACUCACACACUUUGCCGUCGUUGCGGACGUAGCAGUUACCAUAUUCAAAAAUCUUUAUGUGCACAAUGUGGAUAUCCUCAUAAAAGAUUGCGUCAUUAUAAUUGGAGUGUAAAGGGAAAACGUAGGAAGACAACUGGUACUGGCCGUCUGCGUCAUCUUAGAAAAGUUUGGAGAAGAUUUAGACAUGGAUUCCGAGAAGGUGGCCAGGCAAAGCCACAGAAGCAAGGUGCAGCAGCUUCUACAACAGCAUCUUUGUCUAAAUAGUUUUGUGUAAAAUAAAAAAUUUGCCCUACGGCA